CCCCGGCCCCGGCCCCGGCACGGCCCCGAGCCCCAGCGCGGCCCCGCCGCGGUUCCCCCCGGCCCCGCUCCCGGGCCUGCCGCCCGCGCUGCCCCCGGCACCGAGCAGGGCCCCGUGAGGGCCCGCUCACCCCAUGUCCCCGACGGGAGAUGGUUCCCGGAUUCCCGGGGUUCCUGAGCACCGGUCCCGCCAGACGCCGGUGUGACAACGCGAUUAAAUCCCUACAAGGACUCCCAAAAUAUGCCUUGAAGCAUCACCCACUGCCAGAGCCACAGGCUCAGAUGUGCUCAGCCACACCCACGGCUGAAGACCUCGGCCACACCAGGGAGUUGGGAAUCCACAAGGAAUUGGAUGAUCAUGGGGAUCCACGGACUGCCAGUCAGGGUUGUGCUGACACCUCCACAGAAGACAGCUCAGUCUUCUCUUGGGGCUAUGACGAAUUUGACCAAGCUGCCACACAGCAAGUUCAGCAGAUGUUCAGACAAAUUGAUGAGCUUCUGUAUGAGCAGAAAGAAGAUGUUCAUCUUGAGGGACUGCGGGAAGAAUGCCACCAGUGGUCCUCCAGCUUUCCUCAUCUCAGGGUGCUGGGGAAGCAGGUGGUGAUGCCCACAGAUGAAGGGUACGGAUGGUACUCGAGCUCCCCCUCGGGCAGUUUGGCUCCCUCAGAUGUAAGCUCAGCACAGGACAAGGACUCUGAUGAAUUUAGUGUUUUGGGCAAGAAGGUGCCUCUUGUUGUUGCUCCUGCUCACAAAAAGGCCAAUCCUUCCAAGCCUGCCACCUUGUGUUCCUCAGAGAGUGAAGAAGGGGAGGAGGAAGUCAUUCUCUCUGAAGGCAUAGUGGAGGAAUAUUUGGCAUUUGACCACAGAGAUGUGGAGGAGGAGCUGCAUGAGAGGAAAAUGGGACUGUCCUCUGGCAGGAAAUUGGGAUUUCCUCCUGUGUCUCCCCGUUCCUGCCUGAAGGAUUCCGUGCUCACGUUUGUGUUUGAUGAUGUGUGGAGUGAAGUCCUGGUCUGCAUGGAAGAAUUGAUCUGCAGGCACUGGGAAGGGUCAGCCUCUGAUGAUGAGAAAAAUAUCAUCACAGUAGAAACGCUCCGAGCAGACGCCAGGAGCCCAUUGCAGUUGGAUCCUCUGCCAGCACUGUUACCUCGGGUGCCACACACGAAGGUGCCCUCGGUGACAUCAAAUCUGUGCCCAAAACCCAGAGGUGGCCGCAAAAGCAAAAAGAGGAGAAAAACACCUCAAGUGAGUGUCUCUCAAGGGUUGAGUAGUGGUUCUCAGCAUAACCUGAAUGGCUUGAUGGUGAUCCAUGGGAUCCAGUUACACCAAAGGAACCUGCCUGUAGUGGAGAAAACACUGGACCUGGACGACAAACAGCCAGGCUCGAGUUCCCUCCUGUCUACCCGGACGUGGCCAAGCCGUCCCCUGGAGCUCAGCACGUCGUCCCUGCCCCGCUGCACCAGGAGGAGGAACGCCCCGCCACGCACCCUGCGCCCCAUCGGGACCCCGCGCUCCGGGGACAGCUGCAGCCGCCUGUGCGUCCCCAGAGCAGCCUCUCCCUGCAGCCUGAGUGCACAGGAGCAGCUGAGCUCACCCUCCCCACUGCUGCUGAACAGAAAUCAGCCCCUGCCACCCAUUGCCACCAGCACCGGGGCAGAGCGUGGGAGCACCGCAGGAGCCCAGAAGCAAACGAAACCUCGGGGGAACUCGAGCCGUGCUCACAGUGUCACGACACAAGAGGACACUCAGCAGCAGCUCCAGGAGCAGCUGUCCUUACCUGAUCCCUUCUCCAGGCCUAACACAACCAGCACAUCCUCGCCCCAUCCCCAGCACCGCCGUUCUUGCACUGUUAUUGAUUACAGUAAUCAAUCCUGGACAAGGAGAGGAUCCACAAGUUCAGGUGUUCCACCACGUGGCUCUGUGAAAGCCCACGGCCGAAGUGGAUCAGGCACAAAGAGCAAACAGAGGCACUGACGUGCCAUGGAGAAGCAUCCACCCAUCCAUCCCUCUCCAGAGAGUCAUGAACCACCUCUCCUUCCCAGCAAGGUCAACGUUGUUUACACAGAGUUUCCAAACACCCUUCCUUACAGAUAGCUAUUUUUAUAUAAAUCUAAGCAGCAGCUGCCAAAGAUUAGAAGGGGUGCACUUAAACAUUCCAUUUCCUACCAGUAGAGAAAGUGAUGCUCCAGUGGAAGGGUGAACACACUCCAGUGAAGCCCAGCUCCAAGGAAACCCAGCAAACACUCUUAGUCUGUGCUGUUUUCCAUGAGGCUGGUGACAGGUUCAUGUCUUUACAGGCUCUUUUCUCCCUUAGGAAGGUUAAGUUGGCCUUCCACAGCCAUAGCGAUUUACAUUUUUUAAAAAGCGUAUUUAUAUGUUUAAAUAUGUUCAAAGCAAUAUUGUACUAGCAAAAGCAAGCACUCAGCUUAGGCAGGUGAUGAAUGCUGUGGUAGCUGCAGCAGGUAUGAACACUGGUGUGUAGAACCAAGGCAGCAGAGCAGGUGACCUGGCAGCUCCAUGGGCAGCACACCACUGCCUCUUCCUGAGUUAUAAUAAAACCUUUUACCUCUUCCUCUGUGACUGAAGAAGGUUGAACAGGCAAAAAGAAACUUCUUACUACAAGCAGUUUCAGACAGUACUCAAAAUAGUAUCUUCCUAGUGGGACAUUUUAUGGUAAUUUCAGAAUACAGAACAGAAUUGCUCAGUGUCCCUUUCUGAAAAUACCUAAAAUUACACAGGAUUUCUUCACUCCAAGGUGGAGUUCCAGAAGCCACUGAUGCAAUGGAGCUUUUAGGAGGUGUGUCUGCCCAGUGUGACAGACCUAACAGAGGCAUUUGCUGGAGCUGGCCUUGUGGCUCCAGAUAAGACAAAGAAAACCCUGAAGUACAGGCUUCCCAAAAUAAGUGAUUCGUUGAAGGUCUUACUCCCAAACAGACUGGAAUGUAAAAACAAGCUGAGGUAACCACUGGCUGUAUUUAAACAAAGUUAGGACGCUCCACAAAAACAGUUGUUCCUUUCUAUUAAAGAGCACUGUUUUUCUAUAUUUUCGUAUUAUUCUUCAAAUUACAGUUCACAAUAGAAAAAAAACUUGUUAAUAUUCCUUAUGAAGUGGCUCCCCUAUUUCCCCACCCCAGACCAGCUAAUAAUUUUUCAUCAAUACUGAAGCUCACAAGUCCAGUUGAUCCAAGCAUGCUUUAAUCAAAAACAGGGAAGUGUGCAAAUAUAACUGGGUUAACCUGCCUUUGCAUUCCCAGAAGUAUAAAAAAAAAAAUCAGCACUGAGCUCAACCUAAACCUCUUAAGUUUUCAGAGAGAGAAGCUGAUGCUCAGUGGAGACCUCUACUAACUAAACCAUUUCAAAGUACAGAAUCUCUUCUGGAACACUGUGCAGUGUGUCUAUUGUGUCAGGCAAAGUGCAGGGAAGCACCCCAGUUGUAUCCGUGCCAUUCCUCAGGGACCAAGUGAGUUUUUUGUAGCACAAGAGUUACAAAAGCAGACUAAUAAACUUGAAUAGAGUUCUGUUAACAUAA